GGUGUGUUUCAGCAGCUUUCCCCCAGUGUCUUCAGACAGUCGGAUCUGCAGCGGAGACACAAACAGGAGUCCCAAAAUAACUGACGACGAAGAAGAGGAGGAGGAGGAGGAAGUGGAAAUACCCGCUGAGGUUUUUAUGACUCCAUCGCAUCUGACUAGAGAAGAAGAAGAAGAUGGCGGGAGCUAUCAGGAUGUCUGAAGCUCAGUUCAUCAACUCGUACGACAGCGAGCUGCAGAUGAAUCUGAUGCCGUACGACUACAUUCCUCCAGUCGACAUCAAGACCGAGCCGUACAUCCCAGAGACCGCUCACGGGCCGUACAUCCAGAUCAUCGAGGAGCCCAAACAGAGGGGCUUCAGGUUCCGGUAUGAGUGCGAGGGUCCGUCUCACGGAGGACUGCCGGGGGCCUCGAGCGAGAAGAACCGCAGAACAUACCCUACUGUCAAGAUCAAUAACUACGUGGGUCCUGCUCGUCUGGAGGUGCAGCUGGUCUCUCACUGUGAUCCUCCUCAGGUUCACGCUCACAGUCUCGUUGGGAGGAACUGCUGCACUGAGAGCGGAACGUGCAGCGUGGACAUCGGACCCAAUGACCUCACUGCUGCUUUCAGUAACCUGGGGAUCCUCCAUGUGACCAAGAAGGGAGUCGAGGACGUCCUGAAUCGCAGACUGAGGGAGGAGAGGAAGAGACAGAAGGGCCCUCACUACAACCUGACAGAGAGUGAGGAGGUGUCCCUGGUGAAGGAGGCGAAGGACUUGGGGAAGAAGAUGGAUCUGAACAUCGUGAGGUUAAAGUUCACAGCGUUCCUUCAGGACAGUAAUGGAGGUUUCACUCGAGGACUCAAACCUGUGGUUUCCAACCCGAUCUACGACAGCAAGUCGCCGAACGCCUCUAACCUGAAGAUCUCUCGGAUGGAUAAGACGUGCGGCUCGGUGCUCGGAGGAGACGAGAUCUUCCUGCUCUGCGACAAAGUGCAGAAAGACGACAUCGAGAUCCGAUUUUACGAAGAGGACGACGAAGGAGGCUGGGAGGCGUUCGGGGACUUCUCACCUACUGAUGUGCACAAACAGUACGCCAUCGUGUUCAAGACGCCGGCCUAUCACAGCGCAGAGAUCGAGCGUCCCGUCACCGUCUUCCUGCAGCUGAAGAGGAAGAAGGCGGGCGACAGCAGCGACCCCAAACAGUUCACCUACAUCCCCCAGGUCCAAGACAAAGAGGAGGUGCUGAGGAAGAAGCAGAAGCCGCUGCCUCACUACGAGCCCUGGAGAGGAGGAGCAGGAGGGGGGUUCGGAGGAGGAGCUGCAGGAGGAGGAGGAGCAGGAGGAUUUCAGUUCAACCAGCAGAUGAACGGAGGAGGAGGAGGAGGAGUCUUCUUCACCGGAGGAUUCUCUGGCUUCAGCGGAGGGGGAGGGGCUCAGAUGUCAAGCUCCGCCCCUCAGACCGAGGGACAGACAGGAGGACAGACAGGAGGACAGACAGGAGGACAGACAGGAGGACAGACAGGAGGACAGACAGGCUCCCCUCUGCAGCAGCAGCUGUUUCAGCUCACCGCCGCACUCCGCUCCCGAGCGUCUCUCAGCGCCCGGCAGACGGCGGCCGCCCUGCUUCAGUACUGCAGCUCUGGGGACGCCCGGGUCCUUCUGGCCAUCCAGAGACACCUCUGUGGGGUCCAGGACGGCAACGGAGACACUCCUUUGCACCUGGCCAUCAUCCAUCAGCAGACCAGUGUGAUCCAGCAGCUGAUCCACACCCUGCUGAGCAGCCAGCAGCAAAACGUCCUGAACACCGCUAACCACCUCCAACAGACUCCGCUGCACCUGGCGGUGAUUACGCGGCAGGUGAAGGUGUUGGAGGCUCUCCUGCGGGGCGGGGGCACCCCCUCCCGAUUGGACGGAGAGGGUCGCAGCCCGCUCCACCUGGCGGCGCUGAACGGAGACUCUGCCUCGCUGCGCCCCCUGCUGGCUCACCUUGGGGAACACAACGCUCACCUGGUCAACGCACAUGACUACCACGGUAUGCAGCCGCUGCACCUGGCCGUCAGGAGGGACGGGGAGCGAUGUCUGCGCCUCCUCGUUGGGGGCGGAGCCAAGAUCAACGCUCCGGAGCUGAAGAGCGGGCACACAGCUCUGCACCUAUCAGUGAAGAGGAACCUGUUCAGAGGAGCCUGCACCCUCAUCACUGAGCUGAAGGCGGAUGUGAACGCUGUGACGUUUGGAGGGAACUCUGCUCUGCACCUGGCAGCGAGUCUGGGCUCCCCGACGCUCGUCUCCAUGCUCAUCGCUGCAGGCGCUGAUAAAAACAUAGAGAACGACGAGCCGCUCUUCUUCAGCUCCUCUUCAGACGAGGAAGACGAGGAACCAAUCAGAGAGCGGGAGGCUGCCUCACAGCCAAUCAGAGAGCAGGAGGUCGCCUCACAACCAAUCAUCAACCCCCGUAAGAGGCCUGCGCCGGGACACACCCCUCUGGACCUGGCCCGCUGCCAGAAGGUGAGGAGUCUGCUGGUCUCAGAUCAGAGGUCCAGUAAGUCCAGUAAGAAGAUGAAGUCGAGCAGCGUCUCUGAUGCGGGGGUCCCAGCGGGGGGUCUGGACGAGGAGACACUGUCCCACCUGGUGGAGCUGCUGAGUGACGCCCCCUGGAGGAAACUGGCAGAAAGACUGGGGAUGAUGACGCUGACCCCCCUUUACCUGGAGAGCUCCUCCCCCUGCCAACAGCUGCUGAGGCACUACCAGCUGGGGGGAGGUGCGCUCUCUGCUCUGGUUGAAGCUCUUCAGUCUCUCGGUCUGACAGAAGGAGUUCGACUGCUGAGAGACAAGCAGCUGCAGGAGGACAAACACAACACAGACGCCACAGUUGACAGCGGCUUCGGCAGCCAGCCAAUGGAUGAAGAGGAGGAGCCGCCUGUGGCCAAUCAGUGACGAGCAGGAGGUAAAAUCCUGUUUCAAGCAGUUUCGGUACCAGGACUCUUCAGGAACCAGAACUCUUCAAGAACUGGACUCUUCAAGAACCAGAACUCUUUACGAACCAGAACUCUUCAAGAACUGGACUCUUUAGGAACCAGGACUCUUUAGGAACCAUGACUCUUCAAGAACUGAACUCUUUAGGAACCAGAACUCUUUAGGAACCAGGACUCUUCAAGAACUGGACUCUUCAAGAACCAGGACUCUUUAGGAACCAGAACUCUUUAGGAACCAGGUGUCUUUAGGAACCAGGACUCUUCAAGAACUGAACUCUUUAGGAACCAGGACUCUUCAAGAACUGGACUCUUCAAGAACCAGGACUCUUUCGGAACCAGAACUCUUUAGGAACCAGGACUCUUUGGAACCAGAACUCUUCAAGAACCAGGACUCUUCAGGUCUUUCAGAUUUGAAGACGUGGUUUCUGUCCUCUCCAGGACCUGGACUCGGACCCAAAGAUUGUAACUCCUGUGACGUCAGAAGUUUUAGCGUUUUACCCCAAAAAACCCACCUUUUUAACAUUUAAAAAAGGAGUUUCAGUUUGAGUUUUUAAAGAUACAGAACACAUUUGAACAUGAACACACAUGAACUAUAACUCAGUGUUUACAAAGCUUGCAUCUUCAGUUCCUAGGAAAGUAGUGAGAUUUCCAGUUUUUGUGUUGGUUCAUGAAUGCAGCACGGUCUUCAUUGGUGCGGAACACGGUUCGUUAGAAAGUCUCUAAAAGUGUGAAAAUAUUAUAAAAGUAAAAUUGUAAUUAAAAAGUCAACAUUU